AUGGAAGCGGAGUAUAUGGCGUUAUCUCACGCAUGUACUCAAGCUAUGUGGCUCCGUCAAUUUUUUGAGGAAUUACAAUACGUUGCUGACACACCAACAUUAAUCGUUUCAGACAACCUCGCUGCGCUCGCUCUGUCCGAAGAAUCGCAAUUCCAUGGACAAUCAAAACACAUCGACAUCCGACACCACUUCAUGCGAGAUCUCAUAGAGAAACGCAAGGUAGCUACACUGUACGUACCAACUAAAGAAAACUUAGCCAACGCUUUUACUAAAGCGUUACCCGCACCACAGUUUAGUUAUCUAAUGCAAGGAAUCAUGGGCAAGCCGAUGAGCGAAGGAUAA